AUGACCCAGAUACACCCCCCUACACAGAUUUCGCUCGUCCAAUCCCGCGCUCGCGGUCCUCUCCAACUCCAACCCAUGCAUAUCCCCACACCAGGACCGGCAACUGCAGCGACGAUGAAUUCGCUUGAUCACAAGAUACUCACCUAUGGGAUCCUCGCCCAAGAAUGGCCUUGGGUAGGUGGUAACGAGUAUGCUGGCACAGUCGUGUCGAUUGGCCCCGCCGUUGAAAACCUCGCUGUUGGUGACCGAGUAGUUGCUGUUGCUGUCAAUUUCAUAGAAGGACAAGAAGUGUCGGGGUGGCAGGAAUAUGCUCUUCUUCGCGCCGAUUUGUGCACCAAGCUCCCGGGUCAUGUUUCUUUCGACAAGGCGUGCACUGUGCCCACUGCAUUUGCCGGCGCCUCCAUUGCCAUUGCUAUUGAGCUCGGGCUCAAGUACCCUGACCCCCCUCCGCCCCCUCCCACAAAGUCAGCAGCAAGCAUAUGGGAGAGUGCUAUGGCCGCUCUUGGCAAUGGCGCCACGUUUGGAUGGGACCUCGAAGCAGGCACAAUCCGAGAUGGCGUAUGGUUACCUAAACCCAAGGUUUCAGCUAUUGAGGGGGCCACCCUCUCUCCCGAAGCGGCUGCUAAGAAAGCCGAGGCCGAGCGGCUCAGACGAGAAGAAGAAGAGCGGCAAGCCAAGGCCCGCGAAGAACGUGACGCAUAUGUUCAUGCCACUCUCACUCGCGCCUUUACUGAAGAAGUCGAGAAACGCCGGAACCAGGGACCACAGCAUUCCGCCUUUCAUGUGCCUGGAUAUGGCACGCGCCCACACCGAAAACAGGGCUCUACUAUCGGGUCCGAUUCAUGGGGGAGCAGUCACCCAGUAUCCUGGGGCGCCUUUGAUGUGACUCAUGAGGCAAAGGAUAGGCGAUGGGGAUCCAGCUGGGAAGACAGGGGCGCGCUCCGACGGUUUGAAGUUAUCGGUGAAGGUCGCAAUGCACUGGGUUUGGUGACGACAGGUCUUGGUUUGGACUUCGGCCCUAGGUUUGGCUCGGCUCGGCUCACACCUCAAGGGUCGACCGGAACGGACAGCGCUAGCACCACCAGCGCCAGCACGAGUAUGGGACGUACUGGAUCUGAUGAUUCCAACACGUCCGUAUCGACUUCCGAAACGACGGGAAUGUGCUCGUCAUAUCCUUGUUUGCGUGCACCAAAUGUGGGCCUUGUCGGUAGACGAGGGUCCGAACCAUCACUACGAGCCCAACAGUCGUUGUCAACUUGGAUGGGUGUUAAGUCAGCACCUGACCCUGGUCUAGGACCCACUUACGAUCGCUAUCCGUUACUCCCUGCCCACCCAAGCGAGGUGGCAACCAUCCGGCCUCGUUCUUCGGGCUCAGUCCCUUCCAAGCCGACUCGCUCUCUCGCCUCCAGUGUGAGAGGGGCAACAUCUCCUUUCCGUGUUCCCGCAACGCUAGCCAACCGAGGUCGUGGUCGCGGUAGCCCACCUUAUCGAGUCAGAGACCAAAGCCCGCUCGGUCAGCGAGUCAACUAUUCGCUCGAUGUUGGCAUGAAGCCAGAUCUGGCACCAGCUGAUCGUCAUGAUUCCUCUAUCCACUACUCAGCACACGGUGUCACGACCCAUAUCGCACCCAGCCGUACCACGCCCAGCAUUGUCACGACCGCCCCCAAGCCGGACGCUUGGAGUUUGUCGGCUGGGGGUGGCGUUCCUAAUACGUUCUUUCCUCCACCGCUUCCUCGAACAGGAACCCCAGUAUACGUAAUGGACGAGCCUAUUUUACUCUGGGGUGGAGCAACGUGCGCAGGUCGAGCCGCUUUGCAGUUGCUCGGGCGUGCGGGAUAUACGAACCUAUUCGUAGUUGCUGCCCGUGAACGUCACUCUGAACUGACUGAAAUAUGUCCAGCUGGCACUAAGUUUUUCGACUACAGAGAUCCCAAUGUUGUGGAUGAAAUCCGCAGCUCGAUUGGAGUUCGAAAGUUCAACAAGGUGAUAGAUACCGUAUCGAUGCCCUGCACUCUUGAGCCCAUCUCGCGCUUGGUGACCUCGGGAGCCAAAAUUGCGACCUUCUUGCCUGUGAAUACGCCCAUGCCUGAUGGAGUAGAGGUUAAGCCCGUCAUGUUUGGUCGCUGCCAUGAUUACACUGGCAAAGACACACUCUCUUUCAAUUUUGGAAAGGAGAGCAUGUGGCCGCUCUUGGGAGAACUCCUUCGAAAGGAAGAGUGGGUUUACCCACCUGCAGUACAUCUCGAUGGCGGACUUCGGGCCUGUGCGACGGACGCAAUGAGAAUGAUGUCCUUGCCGGAGUAUGCAGGAAAGCGGUUGGUUUUUGAGAUUUCAAGCCAUUGA